AAAAGCUCGUUUUCCUUUGUAUUUACUUACGCAGUUGUUUCUUUAUCGUCUUUCCACUCAAAGUAACGAGUUGGCUUAGGUGUCACAUUACUGGAUAUGUUUUUUAUACGACAAAAUGUGGAUGCUUCUGUAGUAGCGCGUGCUGUCGAGCUAGCGUAAAAGCCGGUGGCCGCAAUUUUACCCUCACAUGAUUUUCUCGCCAUCAUAUACCGCUGAAAUUAAGUCUAUAGUUUAUAUGUGCGUAUGAACGACAGUGGGAAAUAACGCUAACAAAGCAAGCAGAACUAUUGAGUUCAUUGCAUGUUUUAAGUAAUCGUUGUAUGAACUUUGUGACGUCACGUGUGUGAGGUAAAACGAAAUAAGCAAUGUUGAUGCGACUGCGUUGGUCACUGGCGGAUGGCGGGCACACAGAAUAGGAAGAAGGCCUCCUCGCGUGGGCUUCUGUGCAAUUACCGAUUAUUGUGCAAAAAGGCCAUGAUCUUUCGCGGCAUGGAGUGCGCGAGCAAGAAACGCAAGCGGCAGGCGAAGAGGAAAAGGAACCACGACGGCCUUGUCGAUGAACUGCUUCAAGAGUCCAAACGAUGUAGAGACGGCCAGAACUUUAAAGAUAAAGACUCAACCCAGACGGAGGCCUGGGAGGUGGACAGCGGGUUCUCCGAGGGCAGCCCCCCGGCCAGUGGCAGGAGUUCACCCUGCCCGAGCUCCUCCGCCGCCGCCGCCGCCCCCGUGGUGGCGCUGGACUGCGAAAUGGUCGGCUCGGGACCGCACGGACGCAACAGCGAGCUGGCGCGCUGCAGCAUCCUAGAUUACCACGGCAACGUCAUCUACGACAAGUACAUCCGGCCACUUCGCCCCGUCACCGACUACAGGACUCGCUGGAGCGGCAUCCGGCCGCAUCACCUGCGAGACGCCAUGCCCUACCCGCAGGCCAGAGAGGAGAUCGUCGGCAUUCUCAAAGGCAAGGUGGUGGUGGGCCACUCGAUCCACAACGACUUCGGCGCGCUGGGCGUCCUCCACCCGGCUCACAUGGUCAGAGACACGGGCGCGACGUGCCUCCUGGCCCGAUUAGCCGGCUUUUCUCGCCGGCGCUGCGUCUCCCUGAAGAUCCUGGCCCGCAAGCUCCUCGACAGGCGCAUCCAGACUGCACCGACCCAAGCGAGAGCAUCGGCAGACAUGGCUGUCGUCAGUGGAACUUACCGCAUGGUGUCCGAGGAGGAGCAGGCGCUCCGGGCCAAGCUGGAGCGCCUCACCGUCAAGGACCACGGGCCGGUUUUCGGGCCCAGCCCCAGCCUGCCGGACCACACCCGGCAGAAGGCCAAAGACGAGCUGAACGAGACGGACGAGAAGCGCGUUUCCGCGGUCAAGGAGCUGCGGGGGAUGAUCAAGGAGAAGGCGGACGCGGGGGUCGAGCUGGCCAAGGGGGUCCAGGACACUUUCGGGGAGAAGCCCGACGGUCUGCUGGUCCGCUUCAUCCGGGCCAGGAAGUACGAUGUUCCCAGGUCCUUCGAGCUCAUGAAGGGUUACGUCCGAUUCCGGAAAGAGUACCCCGAGCUGUUUGAGAACCUGACGCCCGAGGCGGUGCGCAGCACCAUCGAGGCGGGCUACCCCGGCAUCCUCCAGAGCCGAGACAAGUACGGCCGCGUGGUUCUGCUCUUCAACAUCGAGAACUGGGACUACGAGGAGAUCACCUUCGACGAGAUUCUGCGGGCCUACUGCGUGAUCCUGGAGAAGCUGCUGGAGAACGAGGAGACCCAGAUCAACGGCUUCUGCAUCAUCGAGAACUUCAAGGGCUUCACCAUGCAGCAGGCGUCGGGCAUCAAGCCCACCGAGCUCAAGAAAAUGGUGGACAUGUUGCAGGCCAACCCUAACCAGGUGCCCGCUAAUGAAUUUGAAGUGAACCGGCCCGCCCGCGUGUCCCGUUCCCCCGUCCAGGACUCGUUCCCGGCCCGUUUCAAAGCCGUGCACUUCAUCCACCAGCCGUGGUACUUCACCACCACUUACAACGUGGUCAAGCCCCUCAUGAAGAGCAAGCUCCUCGAGAGGGUGUUCGUGCACGGCGACGAGCUGGAGAGCUACUACAAGGAGUUUGACGCCGACAUCCUCCCCGCCGAGUUCGACGGCAAAGCGGCCAAAUACGACGGCAAGGCCACGGCGGCCAAGCUGUUCGAUUAAAAGGCGCGGAAUGUCGACUCGUUUUGGUGGAGGGGUCCGGACAAAGCCCACCCAAGCCUGAUGUAACAUUUUUAAGGUAAAAAAAAAAAAAAAUUAAAGAAAUAUCGAACAAGGCCCUCGCGCCUUCUUUUAAAAGCGAAUCAUCAAAAUUUGACGCCAUGGUAAGAAAAUACAAAAAAAAUGAAAAUUUCACAAUGGCUGCUUCAAACCAAAAUGGCUGACUUCCCGUUUCAUUUUGGACCAGGGUCCUUAAGCAGCUUUCAUGCGUCCACCAAUUUUUGGUGUUCAUAUUUUUUCCCCAACUUUCCCUGAUAUGGAAUUUGGCCCCAAAAUGGCCAACUUUUUGUUCCAUUUCAGUCACACUUGAGACUUUUUCUUGCAUCCUGGUGCAAAUUCUACCCGGGCGGGGUUGAGGCCCCCCUUUUCACUGCAUUUUCCCCCAAAAUGGCCGCUCCAGCCAAAAUGGAAGAACAGAAUCAGGCAUACGAUUAAAAGAAAGGUACACUACAUUUUUUUUGAUCUGUGAAACUGGGGCCGGGGGCCAUAUUUUUUCCUCACUUUCCAGCCCGCCUUGUUCAUAGAAUUCCCCCCCCCCCCCCAAAUAAAACGACUUCCUGCUCAGUUUCGGACGAUCCUGAUCCAAAGUUCGUCUCCACUCAAUUUGCUGUCAACAGGCAGAACUGACGUCAGGGUUCAUGUCCACCCACCACCCGAGUUUCCUGGCCCAUUUAGCACAAAGAGAUCGCAUUUGUCUGAAGAGGGCAUUUAUAAUUACUCAACUGCAGAUAUGGAGGGCAGCCGUGUUGUCAUAUCUCCUUGAAAGGUUUGUGGGCUUUGUUGGGACCCAUGUUGAACCUCCAGUUACCAUGAAAACAGCAAGUCUGUCCCCCAUCCAUGCC